AUUUGCGACAGAAUAAGAUUUAUUAACAAAGAUACGUGUUUUAUCUUAAUAUGGUUUUGAUGAAAUGACGGUAUUUCAUAAAAAAGAAUUAUCUAAUGUUUCAGUGUUUAUUGAAAUGUUAUCAUUUGUAAGAAAUUUUAUAUAAUUAUGAGAUUACCGGUUAACGAAACAGUAGCAGGAAAAUUUUAGUUUGAAUUAAAGUAUGUGUAAGCAUUUAGCAGUUAUAAGAAUGUUGCCUUCUUUUGUUAAAUUGCAAGUACAAAAUAAUUUUUUACAAAGAUGUGUGUUCUCACAAACAAAAAGAACUUAUUCAAAAAAGGUAACGUGGUAAACAAUAAUAUUGAGGAUACCCCAGAUAAAAUUGUACCAAAUAAAAAAGAUUCUAAGCCCAUAGUAUCAAAAACACUUAAAAAAGGUUUGGCAUCGAUAAGAGAAUCUCUUGUUGUGAAGGAUGUUGAUGAUAUAUUAGCUGAAUGGAUGGAUCGGCCACAAACACUUCCAAAAAUUUGUGAUGUUGUAAUAAUUGGAGGUGGAGUAAUGGGCAGUUCUAUAGCAUAUUGGUUGAAAAACCGAGUUUUUUCAGAUUAUUUCAAAGUUGUAGUAAUAGAAAGAGAUCCUACAUAUACUACAGCAUCAACAGUUCUUUCUUGUGGAGGUUUACGUCAACAAUUUUCUCUGAAAGAAAAUAUUGAAAUGUCUCUUUUUGGUGCAGAAUUUUUACGUAACAUCAAUGAAUAUUUGGGCAUUGAAGGAGAACCCACAAUUGAUCCAUAUUUCCAUCCAUAUGGUUAUUUAACAUUAGCAUCUGAGCGAACUGCUCAAAUAUUAAUAGAAAAUUCUAAAUUACAAAAUUUCCUUGGAGCAAAAAAUAUUGUAUUAUCAGCUGCUAAAUUGAAAAGUAUGUUUCCUUGGAUAAAUACAGAAGGUAUCGAACUAGGUUGUUUAGGAUUAGAAAAAGAGGGUUGGUUUGACCCGUGGGUUCUUCUUUCUGCUUUUAAAAAGAAAGCACUACAAUUGGGAGCAAGAUAUAUUUAUGGUGAAGCGCAAGGAUUUACUUAUAAAAACAAUGACACUGUUCAACUAGAUGGAUUGAUUGUAAGAACCAAAGAGGGUGAAAUACAUAAUAUGAAAUUUGCUAUAGCCAUUGUAGCUGCUGGAGCUUAUAGUGGACAAAUAGUUGAUAAAUUGGAUAAUAUAAAAACAGAACGUGGAUUAGAGAAAAUGUAUUUACCUGUUGAACCAAGGAAAAGAUUUGUUUAUUGCGUUCAUUGUCCUGAUGGACCAAGUUUAAAUACUCCAUUAUUGAUAGAUAAUACUGGAACAUUUCUUAGAAGAGAAGGUCUGGCAGGUACGUAUAUUUGUGGAAGAUCACCAGAGGAAUCCGAAGAACCUAGUACUGAAGAUUUAAGUAUUGAUUAUGAUUUCUUUGAAGAAAAAAUUUGGCCUAUACUCGCACGCAGAGUCCCAGUUUUUGAAAAAUUAAAGUUAAAGUCUUCUUGGGCAGGUUAUUAUGAGUUCAAUACUUUUGAUCAAAAUGGAAUAAUUGGACCACAUCCAUAUUAUCGGAAUUUAUACUUUGCAACUGGAUUUAGUGGACAUGGAAUUCAACAGGCACCCGCAGUAGGUAGAGCAAUUUCAGAACUAAUUGUUGAUGGAGAAUAUAAAACACUUGACCUAUCGAAUCUUGACUUUAAUAGAAUUCUUUUUGGUAAACCUGCAUAUGAAAAGAACAUUAUUUAAAAUAUAUGCAUUUGAUUGUAAUAAAAAUUUAUUAUGUAUGUAUAUAAUAAUUUUAAUAACAGAAUACAAAUAGUAUUUUAUGUAUUUUACAAUAUACAUAAUAAUAUUUAUAGAGAUUAACUUUAAAAUUUAGAUUUAUUUAAAUUGAUUUGUAGAUAAAUAUGUUUAAUACAGAAAAAAUUGGUCUUAAAUUCAUCAAAUAUUAUAAUCUGUAUUAAUUGAUCUAUUUUGUUUUAUUUAAUAUUUGUUAUUAUAAUUAAUAUUUUGUUUUAAAGGAUGAUUUAUAAAUAAGUAUUUAGAUAGUUAAAAGUAUACAUAUAAUGUCAAUAAAAAAUAUCAAUGAUUUCAAUGUCUUAAAAUAAAAUCUUGUAAGAAUUUGACAGCCACACUAUGGAAUGUAAAAUUCUAUGUAUUUACUACGUGCACUUCACGAAAAAGACAAAAUCAUCAGUACAGAAAGAUAUUCGUCUCAUUAUGCUGUACAUCAUAAAAUAGAUUGUUAUUAUUGUAAAUAAAUAAUAAUUAUGUAAAUAAAUAUAAAUAUUACUAGUUGUAGAUA